CGCACCGUUGGCUCUCUUGGCAGGCAAUAGCCACCUUUAGUGUCCGGGCCGACAUCGGGACGAUCGUGUCUCUCCUCACGUCUUCAAGUCGACGUUCAACAGUCGACAUUGGCUGGAUAAAUCGUCCGCAAUAAUUAAAAAUUCAAAUUAAUUAAAUUUCUUCAAUUCGGAAAUUUAAUUUUCUCGCUGAUUAAAAUGAUCUAAUUGUCACCGCGAUGAUGUGACAAAAUACUGGGGCAAUAGCAACGAAUAAUAACGGCGAGUGAAAAGUGACACUGAAUUAUCAUUGGCUAAAUCCAACUGGAGAAUAAAGAAAGGAAUUUUUGUAAUUUAUUCUCGUACAAAACGUAACGUUGAGCCCAGCAGUUCGAUUCCUCGUCAUCCCAACAUUAAAACACGGCAUACUUGGCGUCGACUUUCACCUCCGUGUCGCUGAAGAAACGAUCAGCUAACUUCGGUUAUCGUAACCACAAAACAAUUUUCAUUCUGUUUAAAUUCUAUGAAAAAAAAACAUUUACACCCGCGAAGUCUGUUAUUCCAGGGAUUUUUUUAUUGCUUUACGCUGCUGUGAUUGUCUGAAUGAAAGUGAGAAGAGGACGAAGUUAAUGAAGAUUAUCGAUUCCCUUUUAAUGCAGAAUUUAUUAGCAUAAGGACAGUGACCAACUCCGUACAGAGAUGAGAGUUAAUCGAGGAAUUUGUGCUAAACUUCAAGGAGGAUUUCUCAGACGAUGGUGGGCCGCAGUGGCAGCCGGAGCUCUCCUCAUAGUGGCCGCAGCCCUCGUGGCCACCCUCUUUCCCAACAUAAUGGAGGUGAUAAUAAAUCGCGAGGUGGUCCUCAAGGAAGGUGGCAGGUCGUACCGUUGGUGGCAGUCACCCCCAGCCGUUCCUCACCUGAGAGUCUUCAUUUACAAUGUCACGAAUGCCGAUGAGUUCCUCAACGACGGCGACAAGCCCAUUCUCCAGGAGCUCGGGCCCUACGUCUACAUCCAGAAGUGGGACAAAACUGAUCUCACAUUCAAUGAUAAUGACACUGUCACUUAUCACGUGAGGAAACGGUACACAUUCUCGGAGGAAUUAUCGAACGGCUCCGAGGAAGACCUCGUGGUGGUUCCGAACGUCCCAAUGUUGUCAGCAACGAGUCAGUCCCGUCACGCGGCGCGUUUCCUCCGUCUGGCGAUGGCCUCGAUAAUGGACAUUCUGAAGAUAAAACCCUUCGUCGAGGUAUCGAUCGAUCAGCUGCUCUGGGGCUACGAGGAUCCCCUCCUCAAGCUCGCCAAGGACGUUGUCCCCAAGGAGCAAAAAUUGCCGUACGAUCAGUUUGGUCUUCUCUACGGCAAGAAUGGCACUCAUCCCGAUACUUACACGAUUUUCACUGGUGCCAGUGACAUCACAAAAUACGGUAUGAUAGACAGAUUCAAUGGAAAAAAUAGAAUUGGACAUUGGACAACACCGGAGUGCGAUACAUUGCUCGGUGGUGAUGGCAGUAUAUUUCCACCGCAUAUCACUAAGCAGACGGUACUCAAGAUCUUCGACAAGGACCUCUGCAGAGUUCUGCCACUUGUAUUCAAGGAAGAGGUAACAACGAACGGAGGCGUCCCCGGGUACAGAUUCACUCCCCCAAAAGACGUAUUCGCGUCGCCGGAGAGGAAGCCCUCCCAAACCUGCUACUGUCCAGGAGGUCCACCCUGUGCUCCCGAGGGAACGUUCAACGUCUCCCUCUGCCAGUACGACUCCCCCGUCCUCAUCAGCUUUCCCCACUUUUACUUGGCUGAUCCGGCGUUACGAGACGCCGUCGUCGGUAUAUCACCUCCAGAGGAAGACAAACACGCGCUGUACAUUGACGUACAGCCUGUGAUGGGCACAGCCCUGAGAGCUCGAGCUCGAGUGCAAAUCAAUCUCGCUGUGAGCCAAGUCAGGGACAUCAAGCAGGUUGCCUCCUUCCCAGACAUAAUUUUCCCCAUUAUGUGGUUCGAGGACGCGGUGGAUGGACUGGCGACGGAGGUGACGUCCCUCAUGAAAAUAGCAGUGGACGUUCCCCCGAUAGCUCGAGCUGCCAUUUCAGGAGUUCUAGCGGCUGUCGGUGCAAUUGUCCUCGUGGGUGCUCUCUUCUGCCUCGCACGGGCAGCAAAACGUCAGGAGAAGCUCCAUCUGAGCAGUCCCCUGCCCCCGGGCGCCAGCACAAAGCAGGGGAAUCUCAACCCCGCCUUCCAGGGUCCAAAAUAAAUCCCCCAAUUCGACGACAUCAAUUUUUUAAUAAAUCACCCCAAAGCGAAGGAAAAAAAAAAUGUGGUCUACGAUGGGGAGAAAAUUCCGUAUUUAUAUGUGGCACUGGCAUUAUCGCGCAAUUGUUUGCGAAAUAAUAUUCGUGCAAUUAUCGUGGGAAAGGUGAGGUGGUUGCGGGAUGUACCACAACAACGAGAAAUAAAGUGAAAGCUGAAGAGUGGGAAGUUACGAACAAGUAAUUCCUCCACGUUAAAUCCUUUACUCCUCAUUAUUUCGUGUCUUUUCUCGAGCGAUUCUACUGGCUGAACGCACAUGGCGAGAUCAUUAGUCGUAGUGGGUCGAGGUCGAGAGAUAAAUCAAAUCUCGAAGUAGGAAAUACAAUUCUCAGUGUUUUUAUUUUCCUCUGAACAUUCGUGACGCCCAUCGUUGUGCCCUGCGAAUGAAAAAUUAUCGAGAUUUCCUUCGGAAAAUUCUCUCAAAUGACUCUCAUAUCCCUGGUAUUUUUAUAAUUUAUUUUUUAAACAAUUUCAACGAACUGUACGCAAAUAUUCCCGGAUAUUUCCAUUGCCACCAGAAGCUUCGAAAUUUCGCUUCGAUUCCCUGGCGAUUUUCCCGGCAUUCACCUUUCGCAAAUAAAAAUCUGUAUUGACUUGUCACGUCUUGUCUUAUGAUUCUUGGAAGUGAAUGGGAAUUCCGAAUCACGAAAAUACGAGGGAAAAAAUUAAACUUUGUUUAGUCUAGAGAUAAUGUUGAAUUUCUCGGUCGGGAGAUCCGCGGUGGUAAAUAUAUUUACGUAGGGGAAUUAUUGCGCAAAGUCGUCGGGAAAUUAGUUAUAAUGACGCUCAAGAUAUGCUGGGACGAUUGGUUAACAUCGGGAGUCUCGUUAAAUUCAAAAUCGAGUGUUUUACUGGCUUUUGACAGGUCGACAGGUCAUUGGGUGCGCUAUCACGCACCAGGUGCCUCAGCGAGAUUUUCAAUCCGUCCAGGGAGAGGGGAGGAACAUGGGUGUGUGUUCGAAAUUAUUGUUAUUAAGUAUUUCAACAACUGGACUAUUAUUAGAGUAAAUUGAAUGUUUCGACUCUGCCCCCAAUUAAGCUCCAAUCGAUGUAAUUAUGUCUCAUUUGUACUUUAUUUUAUUCUCCUUGUAUAUGUUUUAUUAUAAAAUAUUUUUAGGCUCGUUAGACGAUAGGUGAACAUUGUUAGGUGAUGAUGCAGAAACAUGAAUUUUGUACAAAUAAAAUUGGAAAGACCA